AUAAUCACAACAAAUAGGGAAAACACCCAGCAAGUCGUCUUGACGGCCGCUCCUCGCGCGCGCCACACACAACACAAACACAAAACAAAAGACAAAAAGUGCAACCAUACACACCCGUACGCAUCGAACCAUUCCCAGCCCCAUCCGGUUGUUUUGUUAUGUGAGGCUUCCCGUGGCAACCAACGCAAACGGGACACGCGAAAUAUGUCCGCGCAAUUGAACGGCAUCGGACGGUGGUCGGAUAGUAAAGCGAAGCGGCAACAGCAGCCCUCAGCCCAACCGUGCUGCGACAGUGAGGAGGCGUCGCUGGACGAAUUUCUCGAGCACGAGCUGCUCUGCUGGCUGAACGAGGACAAACCGAUCGGACAGGAGGUAGCGACGCUCCGGCCGGAACUGUACGGCGAGCUGAACCACUUGUUCGGUGUGGCCGCGAACGAGGCGGACAACCGGUGUGUGGAGGAUAUACUGGCCGAGGCGGAACGGUUGAUGCUGCAGGAUACGGCCGGCACCGAGACCGACCCUACCGCACAGUCACCGAUGGGGUGGAGCGAACUGCUCCUGCCGGAGAUGGACCCGUCGCCGAAGCAUGAUGCACCGUACCUGCGGACACUAAGCCCCGAAUGUGUGAAGGUAUCCGAUGUGGGCUGCCGUGCUACUUACAAUGCCACACCCGACGGUAGGCCCCGGUCCCAAACAAUGGACUCCAUGUCUAAACCACCCAACGAGAAUCUCUCGGCCAGCUCACCCAUUAUCAACCGUACGCCCACACCACCACCACCAAGCACGCCCCGACAGCGCCGACACCUUCACGAUCAACCAACCCCUAUCAAACCCGUCGUAGAAACGCGACCAGAUAUCGCUGCUUCACCUACCGACCAAUGCGGGCCUAAUCGAGGCCUAAGGCAACCCAACGCCAACGGUAGCACUAGUUGCCCGGUGCAGCGACGGCAGAUGUGUGACCGAUCGACACAACCGUCGCCUGUACCGGAGGAUGACGAGCCGGACCAGUACGCGAGCUGGUCGAAGGAACGGUUGCUGGAGGGUAAGAUCACCGAGUUGCAGGAGCGGCUAAAGGAUACGGAAGAACGGUACCACAGCUUGAAGCUGCAGUACGACACACUGUCGCAGGUCCAUCGAACGUUGCGCGAGAAUUACGGUGCGAUGCAGGAGGAGAGCGAGAAGCUGCAGUUCGACAUACAGCAUCUGACCAAGUGUGCCGACGUGUUGAGGUCUGAGUUGCAGUCCGCCCGGUGCGAUCGUGAUUCGGCAAUUGAGUUGCAGAAAAUUCUUCAAUCCGAGCUGGACGAAUCGCGCAAGGAGAAGAAAAAGCUGCAGGACAGCAGCGAAAAGGACUCGAAAACCAUACAGGACCUGCAGCGCCAGUGUCGGGAGAUGGAGCGCAUACUGAUGCGCAAAAAUCCGGACUCCAUCUCAGCCUUAAUCGUCGCGAGCAAAUCACCGACGGGGAAACCCGAAUCGGACGGUUCCACCUCAACCACCUGCCGGCUGCUGGAGCAGCGGAUCGCCCAGCUCGAAGCGGACGCGAAAAAGCAGGACGCCAAGGCGCAAGGUAUAUUGGCCGACGUGCAGGCCCGCUUUAACUCGGUGCAGGCAAAGUACGAAACGCAUAUAGCCGAUCUCGAGAUGCAGGUGCUCAGCCUGCAGGAGAUCAACUCGAAGCUGAACGAAAAGAUUAUCCGCCAGAUGGAGGAGCUUGCGAGCAUUAGCAGCCAUGCGGCUGCCGUUAAAACCACCGGUACCGCUUGCUUUACGCAAACCGACGCACCGGUCGAGGAGUCCGGACCGGAAUGCCGGGCCCGCAAACGGGAUGUGCCAGCCAGUGUUAAAGUGCGCUCUAUUUUAGUGCAGACCGAUGUGACCGGAACGGGGGUAGAAACGGCGAUCCCUACCAGCCGGCAACCGAGCGCGAAACGGGCCCAGGCACAGAGCAAGGAGGAUGCUCACCUGUUGGCCACCAUCCGGGGCAUGCGGGUCGAUUUGGCGAUCAAGGAGAAGGCGGUCCAGCGGUUAACGCGCGAAGUCGACGAGUGUAAGAAAACGAUCAAAAAGCUGCAGAAAAAGAAGGACCCGGUGCCGGUCGGUGCCGGGCGCGGUGACAGUGGCCGUUCGCCGGCCAAGGUACGCAACAAGGUCGCGGAUAGCUGUGCGGACAGCGGUCCCGAUGCCGGUGCUGCGCUACGGGAUGCACAGUCGAAGGUGAAAAUCCUCGAACUGGACUACAAAGCGCUGCAGGACAAACGGUUGCAAGAUCUCAAAACACUGCAAGCCGCCCACGAAAAGGAGCUCGCAUCCUGCCACGAAUCGAUACGCUUUCUGCAGCAACGGUUGGCCGAAAGUGAGGAAGAGUUGCUCCAGCGUAAGGAUAAGCAGCGGCCCAACCACAGCAACGAUUAUUACGGUCUGAAGGCAAAGCGAAAGCGCACACUGAAACGGGUCGUUACACCACGGCAAGGACAAACGGUGGCCCGGAAAUGGUGGCUAUCGGCCGGCCGUAAUCCGUCCACGUGUCAGGCGUUGGUUCAGCACUUGCUGAACCAUGAAUUUCACAGUACCAAAACGAGCCUGCAACAGCGUAAUGGUGACAAUAAGACAAAACUGUUAAAUUAACUAAAUCAAACUCGAAAAGUGUGUCGCCACGAGGAGUGUCCAAGUAGCCGUAUUUUAGCGAUGGUAAAUAGUAGAUUUAAUAGCGUAGAUUGCUAGCGUUCCUUCUUGAUCGUUAAAAUACGGUUCGUGAAUGUUUGCUGUUAGCCAAAAAAAGAAAAAGUGACUCAUGUUUUUUUGCGACUACUUUACGUUGCAUCGCGAUUCGUUGGUUGUCUCAUCAUCCGGCGACAGUAGAACAGAUCAUUGGCCAACCGGGUAGAGCAAGCGUAAAGAGAGCGGGUAGUUCAUAUGCUAAUUACACUUUCUUUCCCUUUCUUUCCUCUUUCACUGCCACCCGGCGCUGGACAUAUGUGUGUGUGUGUGUGGUGCCAAAAUGUACAACGAUGGAAAAUCUCCGUUUUCUUGUUGUUGUUUGUUUCCAUUUUCCGUUUUCCUUUAGGUCGCGUACUUAGAACGACGCCAUACCGAGCGUGAGCAACGUCUGCUCAUGUUGGUGGAAGCGUUAAGCAAAUAAUUGUUGCUCACUACCCGUUCGUGGACGUCCGGUGGUCAGUUUUGAUGUUUGCAUAACUAACUUUUAUCGAAACGGCGGAAAACCUCCAUGAUGGAAACCCGUUGCUCCUAGUCACGAUAUGUGCCAGACCAGGAUUUAGUGUGUUAAAUAGGUGUGUGUGUUUCUAGGCGUGGAAAUGCAUGUGUGUGUGUGUGUGCGUGUGUGUAUGACUAUGUGUGUUUUAGGUUUGGCGUAGGAAAAGGUCCCCACUAUUAAAAACUGUGGUAUAUCUAAUGUCUCACUGUUUGAAACUAUUUGAAACAAACACCCUUCUUAACAAAUCACAAGUGAUGGGAAUUUAAACCACUCAGUAAGGUGAAUUAAAUCAGAGUGAAUGAGUUAGAAUAGUGAGUUAUAUCGGAUCACUAUUUAAGAGUCAAAUCUCGAGGAAUGAUUAAACUCGCCGUGCCGACUAACCACUCACUCACUUCAUUUUAACUCACGACACGAAGAGUUAAAUCACCGAUGAGUUAUUUAACUCUGAAGUGACUUAAAACGCAGUGAGUGAGUGAGUCUGUCGGCACGAAAGAAUUAAGUCACAAGUGAGUUGAAAAAGCUCUUCGUGACGAUUCGAAUCUUCUAAUUCAUUGCCAAGAUUUAACUCAUUCACUCAUUUUGACUCAAUUUGCACAUCCCUUCGAAUCACUGUCGACGGGGAAUGAUAAACGAAAUUAGAGAUUUUAAUUUUAAUCAGAUUAAACUAGAACAUAAAAGGGGUUUUGCUAUCAAAUAGCAAUCAGUAGAAGACGGAAACUCUACCUAAUUAAUUUAAAAUUUAUUUAUUUAUUAAAUAUUAACACAAUCCUCACAGUAGAGUAUUCGUUUCGAAUUCAACUUUUUCCCGGUUUUAAAAAAAGACACCUUGUAAUGUAAGUACUAUUUUUCCCCUAACAAAAACCCCCCCCAAAAGGGACGAACUUAUGUCCCAUAGUUCUCUCGACGCAUCGAUUUUAGUGGAUGCGACAGUGUUGAAAAUUAUUGUUCGAUAACGUAAGUGGUUUUAGCUGUGAAGUUGUACACACGUUCGAUCGAUAUCCAGGUCAAGUUAUUAGUAAUGGCGAUUGGAAUGGAUGCCGAAUUGACGAAUCAGCAAACAAAAAAAACAAAUUGCCAUAAAACCGUUAGCCGGUAGUUGUAUACACCAGAUCUUAAAUAGACUAAUAAAAAGAAAGGAUUCACAAAAACUA